AUGCUUAGUCGUAAACAGGUAUUCUUGAAAAUCCACCAUUCAUCGCUUACUUUGACAUCACAAAAAGCCUCAAAGACCGAUGCCAACCUUGGAAACUGGGUGGAAUCAUCAAAUUCGAGAUCAAGGUUACCUUCAAACCAAUGUGCAGUGGUCAGACCAUUUAACUUUACCAUUAAAUGUUCAUUUAAAGUUUCUAAAUUCAUUUGA